AUGCUGGAUGAAUGGGACUGGGGUCUCGACCUCCUCUCCCCCAGUGGAGGUCUCCCAGAUCAGAGAGGUCCUCAAGAGCCUCAGCAUCAGGGCUCCCUCAUCAAACACACCCCACCCUCAUCAAACACACUCCAAGUCGUCUUCUCUCCGUCGGACACGUUCCCCUCCGGACCAGAGGUGUCAGCGGCGUCUGUGAUUGAGCGGAGACGAUCCCGGGGCAACCGCCGCGGGCAACGUGACAUAACGCAAUCUCAGUGA